AUGUUGGGAUACGAGUCGCACUUUACAAAUGAUACCUUUCGAAUCAGUCCACCAACUAGCCCUCUCAGCGUACCAUCCCUCUCUCUCAAACUCCCAUCUGACGUUGUCGUACCCUGCCCAGUAACUGUCAACCCACUCCUCCCAGCCCACCACGAUCAAUCUGAACUCAGAUAUGCACACGCUCAACAGACCGCCCCUGCGACAUCCCCAGACGCCGAGGCAGUCGAUGAAACCUUUCAGGUCGAGGUAUGCCGUCGCCAGUCCCCGUCCCCAAACGGCGGCGAUACAGACCCACGGGAUUGGGAUUGGGAGUGGGAUCCCCCAAGGUGGCAACCCAAAGAUGAUGAUGAUGAUGAUGAUGAUGAUGAUGAUGAUUAUAAUGCCAAGAGAGGUCGUUCCGCUCGCUCGGCUCCAUCUUUCUGGUACAUCGACCCUAUGGACCUUGUUCAACUAGACCUUGCAGGAGAGCGCUUGAGGGAGAAGACGACGAAGGAGGGGUUGCAAGUUGAGGUGGAAUCGGAAAGGGAGAUGAUUGGGUUCAAGGGGACCCAAGAGGUGGUAAAUGGAGUAACGGAUACCAUCAAGAACGUCACGAUACCGAUAGCCACCACCACCACCACCACCACCACUGACGCAGCUCAAAACAGCGACAGUAGUACCCGCACUCGCACCCCGACUGCUGAGCCCGAUCCCGAUCCCGAUCCCGAUCCGUUCAAAUCCCAGAGACAUAUCCUCGAAACGUUCAACAAGUCGGCCUGGUCGUUUGUCAAAUACCACUACUCUCAUCCCUCCCAAAAGACAAAGGCCUCGCACGAGAAGGAGAGACGAGAACGUUUCCGGUCGCUCGUGACUAGAGCUUGUUCCGCACUCAAGAACCUUGAUGGUCUCCGUGAACGGUCCGAUGGGCGUUCGUGGCAUAACAAGUCAGGCCUCAUUCUCGAUCUCCCCCUGGGGUAUUUCCGCGCCCAUUCACACUCGUUUGACGACUGGUCCAAGAGGAGGGGUAAGCCAGGUCGGGCGGAAGAGAUGUUCGAGACGCUGCGAUUGAUCCUCAAGGAAGCUCGCAAGCCGAGGGGGAGGGUUGUGGCAGUGGCGGAGAGCAACCGGGAUCUGGACAAGAGGAUAGGGUAUUCGAGGUGGAGGAAAGGGCACGGUGGGAGUUUGACCGGGGUGAAUGAUGCAUGUGUCGUUGCUCCACCGGCCACCGGCCACCGGCCACCGGUCACCGGUUCCUACGGGGAAUUACCUCUGACGUGGCAUUUGUACCCUAACCUCACCAACAUCCUCCUCACCAAACUGCACUCGCACUCAGACAUGGUAGAUCCACCCGGGGCCAAUCAUGACUUUGUCUGGGUCAAACCAGGUCAGACUCAACGUUACGCUGGUUCCCAAGUCGAUUUUGGUUUCUGCGUAGAGUGUAAAAAGCAAUCCGUCCCAUGUCAUUGGCGACCUCUCAAGCUUUACAGUCAUAGGUCCAUCCGUGAACUCGGAGGUGAUCCUUACGGCGUCUAUCAGUAUUAUCACGAUGUCGUCUGCGUCAGGCAUUUUGAUUCAAAGUCUUGUUGUACCCUUCCCCUUGCCCACACCUCGGCCGAGUCAUCCGUUUGGGAUCCAAACGUUCGUCAACCGAUCAAGAGGACUACUUGGCUCUUGUGGCACACGACCGAGAGGGUGUGGAUAAGGAGAGAGAAGCCGGCCCUCAAGAGGAUAAGGAAAAGGGCGAGGACGAGGGCGGGGUCAAAGUCGACGUCGGCGUCGGCGUCGGCGUCGGCGUCAGCGAUGAGGUCGUCCAUGGAACCCAACAUCCCUGUCCCGGUCGAGCGGGAGGAUGGGAUGGUCGACGCCGACGCCGACACCGGGAAGGAUGAUAUGGACGACGUCGACGCUGACGCUGACGCCGGGGAGGAAGAGUUGAUCAACUUUGACGCCGCCGACAUGAACGCCCCCACGGUCGCUCAUUCCCAGGAGCAUUCGUCACUCAUGUCACAAGAUACUAUCCAUAUCGCCCCUAUCCCAAAAGUGACAACGAGUACUCCAUCCCAGUACGAAACCUGGGAGAUGGAAUUUUGUUCUUUGCCCAAGACAAACCCCCACGGCACCUCGCUUCUCAAUCACCACGACACAUGGCUGGUCAUCCCCCACGAGACCCCGUUGACUAUUCACCCGGACCCUGACGAACAAGCACAAGACCGAGUACGAGAUGGACUUUUGUCAUUUUUCGUUAAGAUCCAACCGCCCGCCGUCGCCCCGAGCGUAGUCCUGUUUGUCCGAAUCGCCCUCGCCGCCCCAUACCAUACCCCCCUCAACUGCGCUGCCGGAGCGCGACACGGCUCGAAACAUUACACGGGCCAUCUACUCAUGUCUCUCUGGAGGAUGGCACAUGGGCCACGUAUCAUUCGACUGGUCGCAGAACGGACCGGAUUUCGUAGGGCAGAGCAGGAGCGGGGACAAGAGCAGGAGCAGGAGCGGGGACAAGAGCAGGAGCAGGAGCAGGAGCAGGAGCAGGAGCAGGAGCAGGAGCAGGAGCAGGAGCAGGAGCAGGAGCAGGAGCAGGAGCAGGAGCAGGAGCAGGAGCAGGAGCAGGAGCAGGAGCAGGGACAAGAGCAGGAGCAGGAGACGUAA